UCAAUACAUUUGGUUUUAGGUUAGGUUGUUGUGAAAUGAAUAUCUUUUAACAAUUCAGUCUCAAAAUGGCUGCAAUAAACAGAGGUCUUUUGCAAGUUCAAACGCCAUUCCUUUUGGCACGGCGAUUCAGAGGAAAGAUCAACAUUCAGAAACCUAGAAAGCCCCAUUUCGAGAGGCAAUUACUGAUUGAUUUGACAAAGCCAUGGUAUGUACCGCCAAAGAAUUCGAUGCCCGAUAUUGCACUGUGCGAUCGGGGGGAAAAGAGAAGAAGUGAGGAGAUUGAUAAUCCCUUCGAACGCAUUCUAGCCAGAGAAUGCUUAAAUUGGUUCAACACUUCCAAAAUGGUUAUAUUUCUUCACACAAAUUCUAUUGCCAUGGAGGACAAAAUGCCAAUAUUUGCUGCAUUGAAGAAGAAUGAUAUGCAUUUAAGGACAUAUGGCAAAAAAAUAGUGUCCAUGGCUACUAAGGGGACACGGUACGAGGCUGUCAAUCAUUUGUUUACUUCUCACCAAGAAAUAAUAUUUGGUCAACCUGCAAGUGUUGCAAAAAUGUUUAAUAUUAUGAAGAAAACUCCACAACUGGUGAUCAUGGCGGGGAUCAUCCAAGACAGAUUAAUGUCUAAGAAUGAAUUGGUUGAGUUUAGCAAACUACCCAACUUGGAUGUAGCUAGAAGUCAACUGUGUUCCAUCCUACAAAGUGCGGGAUCCAGCCUUGUGGGACAACUGAACCAGGCCCAGCAAAUGCUUGUCUCAAACCUCGACCAACAUGUGGAACUUCAGAACAAAACAGAACAACCUGCGGAGAGUAAAGAACAAUCCUAGAAUAAUGUAUAGAGAAAUAAUUGAAAUAUAAGAGCAGUUUAGAUGCAUUAAAAGGUAAUUUAACUUUA